AGUGAUAAGCCACCAGAUGGCGCUGCAGGCACGAUGUCCACAUCCUGUUUGGAGCCACCAAAGCGGAUGUACGGCAAGAAUUGGAACUAAUUUUGAUUUAAAAUAAGAACCAUGAAUACUUUAGCCGUUAAUGUUAAAGUUACUUUAAAGAGAAGAGGUUGAUUAAAAAUACAAUUAAAAAAAAAUAAAUAUUUAAAUUCUAUAAUAAAUAAUAAAUAUUAAAUCAGUAACAACGAAAAACCCAAUCAGUAUUUUCAGAAUUUUUGUAUGCUUAAAAUUCGUGAAUCAGAAAGAUUAAUAGAAAAAUGGCAUCUGGUCUUUUGAGAGUCACAUCACGUUACAUGGGAGUUAUUGAAAGGAGUUCAGGUGCAAUGGUUAAAUCAUCAAGAAUAUGCCAUAAUCCGCAACCAAAUUUAGAACGCAAAUAUGUCAGUACAUUGAGAUUUUCAACAUCAUCACCUCUCAGAAAAGCAACAAAGACGUUCCUCAAGCAAGCACGUGACUACUCAAAUAAACCGGCAGAAACAAAACCAGAACUCAGCAGCGAGUCUGAGGGAGUUGAUGAAAGUGCUCCCCAUGCCAAAAUCGGUGAUAGUGACUUCUGGCGCCGUAAGAUGCGAACUUUACAUGGUCUAUUCGACAUAAAUAAUGACGGAGUUAUUUCGUUCGAUGAUUUUAUGAUCUUGGCAAACAAGUUUGGAGACUUGGGCCAUUUAAAUCCAGAUGAAAUUGAAGAGUUCAAAUUAAUUAUGAAAAGUACAUGGGAGGCACAAUGGGGAGAAAUAACACCUUAUAAUUUGGUAACAGUUGAGCAGUAUCUAACGGAUAUGCAUCAUGUGGUGAACGACAAAUCAUUACAUAGAAAGUGCCACGAGUUUUUGCCAUUUAUCUUUAAAGCAAUCGAUCAUGAUCGUUCUGGUGAAAUUUGUAUCAAUGAAUUUAAGUUGUUUUUUGAAUGUCUGGGCUUAUCGGCCGAAAAUGCUGUAGAUUCCUUUGCCGUUAUUGACAAAAAUGGUGAUGGAAAAUUGUCAAUGGAAGAAUUUAUUAAAUUAGGUCGCGACUUCAUAAUUAAAGAUGACGAAACUUGUCCAUCGAAAAUGUUUUGGGGACCACUAGUUGAGCAAUAAUUUUUUUUUUGUCACAUAACUUAAAAGUAGAUAUUCAUUAACAAUAAUUUUUAAUGUUUUACGUUUACAAAUUUUGUGGUUUAAAUCCUAAAAUGCAAACAAAAAAUCAAAUAUAUUAAUUGAAAAUUA